UCUUGAAGGGUACAACAGCAGUGUCCUAUGGGAGUCAAACCUGCAGUCUUGGAGCUGUAGGCCCAGUCCUCUAAUCAUUAAGCUGCACUGCCACUGCUGUGAUUAUCAUUUACUGUAUUCGUUUCAGGCCAUUGCAUUCAGAUACCGCAAGUGCCAACUUAGAAGAGUUUAUACAAGCACGUCAGCACCCACAGGCCAGCUGCAAGAUGUCACUGGUGCCAGGGAAAUGACACUAUUAUUCUUCUCCUUAUUAUUAAUAAUUCCAAUGAUGAUUGAUGAUGAUGAUAAUAAUUUAUUAUUAUUAUUAUUAUUAUUUUAUUAUUAUUAUAAAGGUAGUGCAGUGGGUAGUACUGUUUCCUCACAGCAGGAUGGUUCUGGGUUCCCCUCUCGGGGUACUCUGGUUUCUUCCCACAUUCCAAAGACAUGCAGGUCAAUUGGAGAGUCUAAAUUCCCCCCAGGGGUGAGCGUGAAUGCCCUGUGAUGGAUUGUCGUUACUGCCUUUUGCCCUGUGCAUUCUGGGAUAGGCUCCCACCCCCUACAACCCUCAGCAGGAAUAAGCGGGUUAGUCGAUGGAUGGAUGGAUGGAUGGAUAGAUGGAUAGAUAUAUAUAUUUUUUUCUUACUGAAGUGUGUCACUUUUCACUUUAAACUGAAAUGUACUGAAAUGUACUGGGGAGAAAACUUAUGUUUUGAGCACCCUUACAUUCUCCAGGUUGAUUGCUUAAGUGGCUGAAUUUUAACUGGCUGGAUUUUUGCUGGUUGAGACAGUGCCCCUCCCUGCUGUCCUGUGCCCUGCAGGGGGGCGGAGCAGAGGGCCCGUGUGUCCCUCUCGCCCUUAGUAAAGUAGGUCAGCCGUGACACGCGCGGCUCCCUGGACGUCGUCGCACGUUAGCUCAUUAGCGAGCGAGGCCGGGACUCUGAGUCUGCAGCGGUCUGCGGGGGAUGUGCUGUUCCAUCUUCCCCUCGCAUCCCACCAUUUACACUGACUCGAUGUCUGCCAUUUCCAACGCCGUUAAACGAACCAGAAGCGAACCAACCUGGCAGUGUGCAGAGUAAAUGCCAGCGUGGCCUUACUCUCCUUGAAGAUUUGAGGGGGGAGGGGAGGGGAGGGGAUGGUUAUAUAAAGCUCCCUUCCUCUCCUACUCCCUUCAGCAUCAUCGAACCGGUCUCCAUGGAAACCCCUCCUACCCCCCCCCCCCCCCCACUCCAGACAAGACGUCAUCCACAGCAGGACAAACCUGUGUGCAAUUCAACAUUGUAGCACGUUGAAAAAAUACCCUCGCUUUUUAGCUGUUUGUAAAAAAUUUUACUCCGUUUUUUGGAUUCGUUUGGCUACCCUUGGAUACUGUGGACGUGCAUGAGGACGACACUGCAACAGACGUCACUGGGUGUCCUUGUGAAUUAUCUGCGGCAGUUUUACACUUCCUACAGCUCCACAACUGCAGAAGCAUGCCUUGGUUGUUCCUGGACUGGUUUGUUCCCGUGUACCUGCUUGUGUCGGUCCUCGUUUUGGCGGGUUUCGGUGCCUGUCUGUACUUUCUGGAGCCGGGACUACAGGACGCACACAAGUGGAGCUCUCAGUCGGCACACCGUCGCCCUCUAGUGGCGAACGAUGAGAACUGCUGUAAAGACGACGAUAACAAUGCGCUGAUUUAACCGUAGCGAAGAUCAGUUGAAAAUGCUGUACACACGCUGUACUCACUGCCUGGACUGGACAAGACACCUUCAGUAUUCAGACCCUUCAGGGAGAACAGGGUUGAAGGCAUGAAACGAUGUCAGGAGUGUAUGAAAGAACAGGGCUCAUCACAGUAAACUCUUAGAACAACGAGACCACAUUGCAGUGCCAUUGACCUGAAAAAGAAAGAGAAGUUAAACGUAAUCUCUAUCGUAACAAAAUCAAGUAUACUUUUUUAAAAAGUAGUUGAAUUUUUACUGGUCAUAACUGUGCCAAAUCUGUGCUACAUUUCUACACUGGUUAAGUCUAGAACAUAUUGUCCAAGUAAAUGCUUUUAAUUUGAAAGUUCAUAAUGGUAUUUCUGUCCCGGCUUAUCUCUAAGUCUGUCUUGCAUGGGAUAUGAACAUGAUGAUAAUAGAUAUCCUGGAUCUUAGUAAUAAAACUGAUAUGACUGUGCUCGUGUACCAAAUCUAUGUGUUUCCCUCUUUUUGUUUUCAAAUCAACACCAAUAAAUGGACAUGAGAUGCCUGAAUGAAAGACUGAUUAAGAUUUUUUUGUUUGUUUAUCAUUUAAAGAAACAUAUGCUGUUUGUCAUCAAAUGUAAUUUGACAAUAUACAGAUGUUGUACUGUGGGGAAAAUGCUUUGUACAUGCACACUGCGCACUGUGGAAGAAGCAUAAUAAAAUGCAUUAUUUUACCAUCA